AUGUCGACCUACGACGAGCGUCUCGCGUCUUUUGCUCCCCGCAAGCUAAAAUCAAGCAAAAAGACGACAAUCAACGCGUUACUCGCCAAAGGAUGGCCACACCCAACCUCUGCCUCGACGUCAAACGGCAGACCGUACAAGGCGACACCAACCACGCUCGCCGACGCUGGUUUCUACUUUGAUCCACGCGCAGACAAAGUGGAUAAUGUCACAUGUUUUAUGUGUGAUCAUUCCCUUGCUGAAUGGACGCCAGAGGACGAUCCGUUUGAGGAGCAUCUCAACAUGGGCUCCAAAUGGAAGAUCGGAGGACCGUCUGCCUACGGCAAAGUUAUGGAAAAGGCUCGAGCCGAGACAUUUCGGGGCCAUUGGAUUCAUGACUCGGUCAAGGGCCACACGGCAAAUUCGCGAAAGAUGGCCAAAGCAGGCUGGACCUUUAAUCCUGGAGAGGCCGAGGAUUCUGAUAUUGCGACGUGCUACUAUUGCGGCAAAAGCUUGGACGGCUGGGAGGCCGGUGACGACCCACUCGCUGAACAUAGAAAACGUAUGCCCAAAUGUCCAAUGUUUACUGCCCAGCUCGUCGAGGAGGGUGGGCCUGAGCCUACCCUGCCAGAUCCAGUACCGAUUCCUCUUCCACCCGCUUCUUCGUCUUCAUCUGCACCAAAGAAGCAAGCCAAGUCUCGUCGUAUUGAGCCAGCCGCCGCCAUGGAAGAGGUUACGGAGAUGGAGAGCGACGCUCCCUCUCAGCCUGCAAAGAGAAGUCGAUCCAAAAAGGCCGCUGCAACCGUAUCUACAUCUCAAACCGAAGAUGCUGAGCCAGAAAUGCCUCCACCAAGGAGCGCAAAACCCAACUCGUCACGUUCGACUUCGACUACACGAAAAGCCAAGGCGAAAGAGGCUGAACCAGAAGUUUCGGAUGCUCCAACAAAGUCAAAGGCAAAGGGCAAGGCAAAGAAAACAGAGAGAGUACCGACGACGGAUGUAGAGACAGACGCGGCCAGCGUCAUUUCUCGACAGCCAAGUAGGUCGCGGUUAGCCGUUAGUGGAAGCGAAGCAGAGACCGACGUACGCGACGAUGAGAGCGUCAAGACGACUGGGAAGAAGAAGGGCAAGAAAGUUGGUGCGAAGAAGAAGACGAUCAAGAAAGCCAAAGCUCCUUCUGUAGCUGCAACCGACGACGAGGUUGACGUGGAAAUGAGUGAAGUCACAUCACGGCCAGAAGUACGCGAUACUCAAGAUGUGGAAAUGACCCCUCUUGCACCCCCUCGAGCGACCAUGGAUUCGAUCGGCGGAUGGACAAGUCUGCAGGCUGCGAAUGAAGAACUCGAGGAGAUGGCAAGAGAGCUUCACAUUGAGGGCGAAUUCGCUGCCAUCGGCAAGAGUGGAUCGUCGUCUGACAAGAAGGCAAAGUCGUCGGUGGCCAAACCCGCAAAAAUUGCGUCCAUGACACGUACCGCGUCGUCAAUGGCAACAACGAUGAAGGACAUCGAGGUGGAGCAUGGCAACACUUGGGACUGGAGAGAGAAGAGCGUCGGUGCGAAGACUGCGACGACGGAGGCUGACGAGAUGACCGAAGAAGAAGAGGUCGAAAAGUCACUCGCGGGUGAUGAGGACGAUGAGCGAGACGAGGAUAUGGACGACGAUCCAAUGCUUUUACCCCCGGCAAGUCGUGAGCCGUCAGUCGCCCCAACGACAACCAGUGGGACGACACGACCUAAGCCUACGGAGGCACGAGCCAUGGCACUGCGUAGAGACGAAGACGGGGAACAGUCGACUCCGAAGGCACGGCGGACUGUUGAGAGUAAUACCUCGACACUGGUGUCCCGACCGUUAUUUGGGAGUGUGCCAGCAGGAAGCGGAAGCAAGCUGACGUUUGCGAUCGAGGCAGGGUCGAAUCCAUUUCUUGUCAGCGCGCGGGACAAGGGCAAUGAAGGCGGCAGUGGUGGCAGCGGUGGGCUGGGGGAUUUGCAAGGCCAAUUUGAAGCACCGACGAUACCACAGGAUGCGGCGUCGUACGAGAUGAGCGCCGAGGAGCGAGAGAUGACGCUCGAGGAAUGGAUCCUCGUCGACGUUGAACGGCGGAAAGAGCAAAUUCGUCAAGAAGGCCGACGAUGGAUCGAGGGCUUUUUGGAAAAUGCCGAGGCAUCGCGAGAAUGGAUCCGUGGACUUUGA